GCUGAGUGUAAACAAAGUGAAGACUUUUCCAUUUGCUCUAGUAACAUUUCUGGAGGCAAAUGACACUAAAAUGUCGUUUCUGUUCGCGUGGACUUUGUUGUGUCUUCUGGUUUGUUGUGAUAUAGGAGAGUGCAGAAGAAGAAAUGUGCUUCUCAUCAUUGCUGAUGAUGGUGGGUUCGAAACGGAUGUCUACAACAACACUGUGGUCCAGACCCCUCAUCUCCGGGCUCUUUCUGAGCGCAGUGUGAUCUUCGAGAACGCCUUCACCUCCGUCAGCAGCUGCUCACCCAGUCGUUCCACCAUCCUGACUGGACUACCACAGCACCAGAAUGGGAUGUACGGCCUCCAUCAGGGAGUUCAUCACUUUAACUCAUUUGAUGGAGUGCAGAGUCUUCCUCUUCUUCUGAAACAAGCCAACAUUCGCACAGGUAUCAUUGGGAAAAAACACGUGGGUCCAUGCCCUGUAUACCCGUUUGAUUUCGCCUACACUGAAGAGACCAAUUCCGUUCUUCAGGUGGGUCGGAAUAUCACCAAGAUCAAGCUCCUUGUCCGGAAGUUCUUCCAAAGCCAGAAAGAGGAGAGUAGUGAGAUGGAAGAGGAACGGCCGUUCUUUCUCUACGUGGCAUUCCAUGAUCCUCACCGUUGCGGCCAUUCCCAGCCUCAGUAUGGAAUGUUCUGUGAAAAGUUUGGGAAUGGAGAGAGCGGAAUGGGGAAUUUAUGUAAAACAGCAUCUCUCACUUUUUUCCCAGACAUCACUCCCACCAUACUGGACUGGUUUUCUUUGCCAUAUCCAUCAUACAGUCUCUCAGGGGCUCGUCCGGUUGUGUUGACAGGUCAGUCUCUUCUCCCAGCCCUGAUCUCAGAACCGUCCUGGGUCACCGUCUAUGCCAGCCAGAGUCUCCACGAGGUCACUAUGUUUUACCCAAUGCGCUCCAUCCACCAGGGCCGCUACCGCCUCCUGCACAACAUGCACUACCGCAUGCCCUUCCCUAUAGACCAGGACUUCUACGUGUCCCCUACCUUCCAGGAUCUGUUAAACCGGACUCAGUCAGGCCAGCCCACAGGCUGGUUUAAGACCCUAAAGGAGUAUUACUACCGGGAGAGGUGGGAGCUGUUUGACAUCCAGUCAGAUCCGACGGAGAGGUGGAACCUAGCUGGUGAUCCGGCCUACACCCCGGUUCUGAAGAGCCUGGGGGAUCAGCUGCUGAAGUGGCAGUGGCAAACAGACGAUCCGUGGGUGUGUGAGCCGGAUGCGGUCCUCGAGACCAAGCUGGAACCGCAGUGCCGACCACUGUACAAUGGACUAUGAGUGCCUAAAAUCUGAGAGAAAACUGUUUAAAUCAGGGGUGUCAAACUCAAUUCCUGAAGGGUCGGAGCCCUGCAGAGUU